CGUGUUUCUCCCGCCCACACAGGGAGAAGUGAUCCCGACGGGCUCGGACUCAUUUCAGACUCGGACUUCUGAGUCAGAUAUUUCCUGGUUGUUGUUAUUUAAAUCAGAGACCUCACAAUAGCGGUUGGUAGCUGUUUCUCCUGACUCAUUAAAAGCAACAUGGCUGAUAGUGACACGGAGGGAGCCGGGGACACUGUGGAUUUCAGAAUUUUUGGAAAGGGGAAAAAUACAGCAAGUGCAGGAAAGGAGAAGACUACCAAGGAAACAAAAUCCAGUAGUAAACCAGCAGCUUCGGACCCUUACCGCUACAAGAUGGACUACCCCUGCAUCGGCAUCUGUUUGAUUAUCAACAACAAGAACUUCCACAGAAGCACAGGGCUGAGGACUCGUAGUGGGACAGAUGUUGAUGGUGCCAAUGUUGCGCAGACCUUCCUUAAUCUGGGCUAUAAGAUUCAAGUGUUCAAUGACCAGACUGUGGCUCAGAUGAAUAAAUUAAUGUUAAGUGCAUCCAAACAGGACCACAAGAACAAUGCAUCAUUUGUAUGUGUGCUGCUUAGUCAUGGAGAUGAGGGUGUGAUAUAUGGCACCGAUGGCCCUGAAAGGCUUGAUACCCUGAUACAGUGCUUCAAAGGACACCGCUGUAAGAGUCUGGUGGGGAAACCAAAGCUCUUCUUCAUACAGGCAUGCCGUGGUUCAACACUGGAUGACGGAGUCAUCGAAGUCGACGCUGCAACAGAGCAAAGCUCUGAGAAGAUUCCUGUGGAGGCAGACUUCUUAUAUGCCUAUUCUACUGCUCCAGGCUACUACUCAUGGAGAAACACAGCCAAUGGCUCCUGGUUCAUACAGAUGUUGUGUGAGAUGUUGCAGCUCUAUAGUGGAAGGCUGGAGCUGAUGCAGAUCAUGACCCGGGUCAACUACGGUGUGUCACGGUUCUUUGAGUCUUCCUGCGACUCACCUGACUUUAAUCACAAGAAGCAGAUCCCCUGUAUCGUCUCCAUGCUGACCAAAGACUUUUACUUUCUUACCUAGAUUUACAAUUUUGUAUCUAAAUGAUCUUUGUUCUCCUUGACCAAAUGCAAAGUCUUGUGGUGUGCCACAGGUGAUGCAAAGCAGGAUGACAAUGAUUUUAAUGUAACUGCACCCAAACUGUGAUAAAAUGAUGAAAUCAGUGAGAUUUCUGUUCACCCUGAGUCUUUUUUUUUUGGUUUUAUUAU